AUGGCGAACAAGCUUAUCAGUGAGAUGGGUCUCCCAAGAUCAAUUGCCAACAUAUUCGCUGCUCGCAAUAUCAUCACCUCGAAGGAUGCACUUUCUCUGAGUGAGUUCGAGCUGAUGGAAUUGUUGGAUGUUGGGCUGGAAGAAGUAAUGCUAGCAGUGGCUCACAUUAGUGAAUUCACGUGCCCACAUUAUCAGACGGCUAUGUCACUGUUGGAUCAACGGAAUCGUAAUGAGAACCUGGCGGGCCAUCUCCCAACACGCUUAAAAGGACUUGAUGAAGCCCUCUGUGGCGGAAUACCAUUUGGAAUUGUCACGGAGCUGGUGGGUCCCGCUGGGAUUGGUAAAACACAGUUUUGCCUGAAGCUUGCCUUACUAGCGUCGUUGCCUACUUCUUAUGGAGGCUUAGGCGGCCGUGCAAUAUAUGUUGAUGUAGAAUCCAAGUUCAGUUCAAGAAGAUUGAUAGAAAUGGGGUUUAGUAGUUUCCCAGAAAUAUUUCAAAUGGAAGGCCUUGCUCAAGAGAUGGCUGGAAGGAUUCUAGUUUUGCGGCCAACAUCGUUAUCUGAAUUCACUGACACCUUGCAACAAAUAAAGGUUUCACUGCUCCAGCACAAUGUGAAGCUGCUUAUAGUAGACAGCAUGGCAGCUCUUUCUUCUCGGGACUCUGGUCAGGGACCUUCUAGACAACACCCGUUAGGUUGGCACAUCUCUUUUAUUAAAUCAUUAGCAGAAUGCUACCGGAUUCCCGUAGUUGUGACAAAUCAAGUACGAUCUCAAGGGCGUGAUGAAGCUUCACGAUAUAUAUUUCAAGAUAGAUUGGACAGUGCUGAAGAUCCCUCCAAAUUCGAUUCUCAUCUUGUUGCUGCUUUAGGGAUUCAGUGGGCCCAUGCUGUUAGCAUUCGUCUUGUUCUAGAAUCUAGAUCAGGACAAAGGCUGAUAAAGAUAGCAAAAUCUUCAAUAUCUCCAUCGGUUGGAUUCUUCUUCAACAUAACAUCAUCGGGAAUUUCAUUACUUGAUGAUGAAGGAAUGGAGAUGAUGGGACCGGAGGCAAACACAAUACAUUGCCAAGGCCAUAGUGCCUUAAUUAACAAUGACAUGGAAGUGACGUAA